GGGGCGGAGCCAGGGAUGGACGGGGAAAGAAGCGGCUCUCCCAUUGGGCGCCGCGGGAUGUUCAAAUUAGUAUGGGAGGCGGUGAUUGGUGGCGACGCGGCGCGGCCCGCCGCCCCCGCCCGGGCGGGUCAUUGUCUGGCGGCUCCUGAGGCGGGUCGGGUGCGGCGGUGGCUUUGGGGUUCGGACGGCGGCGGCGGUACCAUGGCUGGAGGCAAGGCGGGCAAGGACAGCGGCAAGGCCAAGGCCAAGGCCGUGUCGCGCUCCCAGAGAGCCGGGCUGCAGUUCCCAGUCGGCCGCAUCCACAGGCACCUGAAGACUCGGACCACCAGCCACGGGCGUGUGGGAGCCACGGCGGCUGUGUACAGCGCAGCCAUCCUCGAGUACCUGACUGCUGAGGUGCUGGAGCUGGCCGGGAAUGCUUCCAAGGAUCUCAAAGUGAAGCGGAUCACGCCCCGGCACCUGCAGCUGGCCAUCCGCGGUGACGAGGAGCUGGAUUCCCUGAUCAAAGCCACCAUUGCUGGUGGAGGUGUCAUUCCCCACAUCCACAAGUCCCUGAUUGGAAAGAAGGGACAACAGAAAACGGCGUAGAGGAAGCGCAGCACCGAAUCCCCCCGUCAUCGUACUGUACCUGGGCACAGGAACAUCUCGGGGAUACGAGGAAUUUUUUUUAAGGAGUAGUUCAAAGGAAGAGCAUAGAGAGGAUUGACUGUAGAGGAAAUAUUGGGAUGGGUUUAGAUUCUGAGUAGGACACACUGCGGGCUGUGGGGUGGCAGCUGGGGGGGUGGGCGAGUGGCUCAGCUGCCCCUACGUUUUAUACAAAAAUGGAACCCAUAAACCAUUUUUUACAAAAAUCCAGAUGGUUUUCAGUGGUGGUGGGGAAAGGGGCAGGGGAUUGGGCCCCCCGGUACCGGUUCAAGGAGCCCGGAGCGCCCCAUGGAACUGGACCCCAAUGCACAGACACGGUGAGGGGCGGGGCCGCCCAUAUGCAAAUGAGGGGGAGGGGCUUGUUCAACGGCCCCGCCCCUCAUGGAGGUGUCCAGCUGUCCUGCCCUGGACUCGGGGGUGUUUGUGGGUGUCUGUCCUGCCCACAGGGGUGUCCGUCUGUCCCAGGACUGGGGGCUCUGGGUGUUUGUCAGAUCUGGCUGUGCGGGUACAAGAUGUCCGUCUGUCUGUGCUUGUCGGGUUCUGACAGUCCCGAGCACAGGGUCCUGCCCGAGCUCCCGCCGAGCCCUCUGUCGUGGUUGGAUACAGGGGGGUGCUCCGAGCCAGGCCCGGCGGAGGCGGCGGGAGGAGCCAGAGCCGGGGCAGCUCCGGUACUGGCAACACCGGGCACCGGUUGCAUCAGGCGUCAAGUAGCCCCAACGGCCUAGGGCACCAUCAGGGCCGUGCCCGGGCUCAGACCCGCCCCGCCGGGCCUCAGCGCCUGGGGUAGGCACGGGACCGGUUGCAGCGGGGGCAGGGGACCGGGCGAGGCCGUGCCCGGGUCGGUCCCGCCGGGCCCGAGGUCGCACAAUGGCGACGCUGGUCUGCGCAAGAUGGCGGCGGGGGGGCGGGGCCGUCCUCGCUGCCCGCGGGCUAUGCAGUACGCAUGCGCGCACCGUGCCGUUGUGGGACGCAUGCGUGCGCCGCCGCGCGCCUCGAGCGGCCGGGCCGCGCGGGAGUCACCAUGCUGUCACUACGGGGGAGUACGGCGGCAGCAUCGGUGCCCAUCCGCAGCAUUGCGCUGUGCGGGGCACAGGAGAUGGCCUGACGGGCGGUUUAUCUCCGGUGAGUGCCCGGCUGGCAGCGGGGCGCUACGGGCUGCCCCGGAGAUUGAGUCCAAGCUCCGCGUUACGUAACGUGCGCCCCUGCCCGACUGCAGUGGUUCUGGCCGCCCGCCCCCGUGGCGCGUAUUGCGAUUGCCAUUGGCUGGGCGCAGCGGCGGGGCGGGGCGAGGAGGCUAUAACUAGAGGCGGUGCGGUAGGGGCCGCGUUCAGUCCGUCGCUGUCGUGCUUGGGUUUUGCUGCUUCUGCGCUUUCCCCUUCCGCCUAUCGCCGCCCAUCGCGCCACCAUGAACGGGCAGCUGAACGGUUUCCACGAGGUGUUCAUCGAGGAGGGCACUUUCCUCUUCACCUCCGAAUCCGUGGGCGAGGGGCACCCAG